UGAGCGCUGAAAUGCGGCUUCGGGGCGUGCGGGGCUGGCUUCUCCGAGGCGGGCGGGCGCAGGCGGCCGGGCGGGCAGGCAGGGUGUGCGCCGCACUUCCAGCCCGGCUCCCGGAGUGGCCAGGCGGCAAAGGUGCGUGUCUGGAAAGCCCCCUCCAGUCCCGGCAUUAGCAAAGCAGGACCUGGACCUGAAGCUGCGCCCACUGCCUGCUCCGUGGGCCUGAGCUGAGCCGAGAGAACCGAGGUCCUGGCACGUUGUGCCCACCCCAGAAGAACCGUUGGGUGGAGGGGCGGUGAAUGAGGCAGUGUGACAGCAUCCUAGCCUGGUGAAGAGGAGACAGAAGGACUCCACACCGCAGGACAUCCUGCCACUGGGACGUCGUGGGGCUCUUCAAAAUCCCACCCCUUCACUAAAAAAAGGGGGGCGGGAGAACAUUCCCCAAACCGAAAUCCACCAAGACUCUGGAGAACUUUCAAAAAGGGGCCUCAAGGCAUACCCUCCCUGGACCCCUCAGUUACAGAUUUCUCCUCCCUGCCUGCAGCGGCUCCCCUUGACUAGCCAGCGGCAUUCGACUCCUGUUGGCAUCUUUGGGACGAACUGGGAAAGCCGCUUUGAGAUCCAGUCUGCAUCCAGAACUGAAAACUGUUUGCUCAUUCUUCCCUCCACCCCGCCCUAUUUUGGUAUUCUCAGCAUCGGGACAGCGGAGAUUCGAAGACUAAGAAACCUUUCCGACAGAACUGCUUUUGGAUCCAAGCAUAUUGGUCGUGUUUCUCCCUCCUUGUUUUAAUCCUCCCCUCUCAUUCCCCCCCUUCCCUCCAAAUUUUCCCCUCCUCUUCCCUCCCCUUCCUCUCCCUCUAACUUUUUUUUUCGGGUGACACUUGGCAAAGCUCGGGGGAGCACGCUACCUGCAGGAUCCUUGCUAGACGGAAGCCCCUUGGAAAGGGCUGUUAUUGCUCACCUCGAGCCCACUGGCGAGAGCCAGAGCUGGGCUCCUCCAGAGAAUUGCAAGCAAGAAUUCUCUCCUGCAGCCAAAAGGGGGCCGGGGGAAAGGCUCCUUCCAGCAGCCGCAGCAGGAGGAGGAGGCGGAAAGAGGAGGGAGGGGGAGUCCUUGGGCUCGCUAACCCUCGCCUCGCCUUAGUUCGGCUUUGAGGGGAUGCCGACCGCAAGUCCUGGCUGCGCUGUUUAAUGCUCCGCGCCGGCUCUCCGACGAGCAGAGGGGCUUACCUGGAGCGGGGUUGGACGCAUUCGGCCCUGAUGACCGCUCCGAAAUCGGAUUUCAGAUGCAUGCCAGGUUUCCAGUGAAUGCCAGAAGUCCAGCGCGCUCCCCAUGGAUGCUCCAAAUCCACAUGGCAGCGGUGGGUCAUUCGUGGUGAUCCAGCAGCCUUCCUUGGAUGGCCGGCAGAGGUCGGACCACGAGAGGGAGAGCCAGACCACCACUAUCUUGUCCCUGGACCAGAUCAAAGCCAUCAGAGGCAACAACGAGUACACCGAAGGGCCUUCAGUGCUCAAAAAGCCUGGCCCCCGGCUAGCGCCCAGACCGGAGAAGCAUGAGCGAACUCAUGAAAUUAUCCCCCUCAACGUGAAUAACAAUUCUGAGCACCGACCCCCAGGCCACGUGGGCCUCCCAGCUAACUCUGCUCGGGCUCCUGUGCUGAGCAGGUCCAUCAGUACCGGGAGUGCGGCCAGCUCGGGCAGCAACAGCAGCGUGUCCUCGGAGCAAGGCCUGCUGGGAAGAUCCCCUCCCUCCCGUCCGGGGCCGGGCCGGCAGGUGGAAAGGGUGAUCCGGUCCCAGCCCAAGCGGGCCGCCUCCGUCACGGAGGACCUCAAAGUUUCCUUGAAGGAGGAGCCCACGGCCCAGCACCAGUUCAUCUGCGAGCGCUGUGGGAAGUGUAAGUGUGAAGAGUGUACAGCCCCCCGGGCCCUGCCCUCGUGCCUGGCCUGCGACCGCCAGUGCCUGUGCUCGGCCGAGAGCAUGGUGGAGUACGGCACCUGCAUGUGCCUGGUCAAGGGGGUCUUCUACCACUGCUCCAACGACGACGAGGGAGACUCCUACGCAGACCGCCCCUGCUCCUGUUCCCAGGCCCAUUGCUGCUCGCGCUACCUGUGCAUGGGCACCAUGGCCCUCUUCCUGCCCUGUUUACUGUGUUACCCCCCGGCCCAGGGGUGUCUGAAGCUCUGCCGGGGCUGCUAUGACCGCGUCACGCGCCCCGGCUGCCGGUGUAAGAACUCCAACACCGUCUAUUGUAAGCUGGACAGCUGCCCCUCGCGGGCUCAGGGCAAACCCUCCUGAUGAGCGGAGGUGGACUGACCUUGGGAGGGUCCCAGCUUUCAGCUUGUGACUGCGGGUUUGUUUUCCUCUCUGCUCAUCCCUUCUCCUCCUCGGGUCCCACCUCUCUCCUCUGCUGCUGGGUUUCCUCCCUCUGCUUCCUGUGGAUGACCUGUGGAUGGUGACCUUGCACCUGGCUCCCACCUUGGACGAGAGCCUCAGGGCUGACCCGCCUCUUGUGUUCAGAGCAUGGCUUUCCGAAGGCCUGCUUACACUUUGUGGGGCGGUUUUGGGGUGUGUGUGUGUGUGUGUGUAUGUGUGUGUGUGUGUGUGUGUGUCGAUUUCCUUGUGGUGGAGUGCUAAAAGAAUAAUCCAUUUAAUUUCUGGAGUAAGCUGGGGAAUGAAUGGAGUUCCCCUUAGAACUUUCUUCAUGGGGUUUGAAUCUUCCCUUGAGAGUGUAGACUUGUCUUCAUGGUGCAUAAAGUUUCUUUUCCACUUCUCUUCCCUUUACCCCACCCUCUUUGCUUCUGUCCUCUCUUCUUCUCCUCCCUCCCUCCCUUCCAACCCUCAGUUUUGGCAUUAGCUCAUUCCAGGAAAUUGCCAAGCGUGUCCUUCCUGCCCCCUGGAAUUUCUGAUUUUCUCGACAAUAUAAAUGUUCUCCUUGGAGUCCUGUUGGCUGCCCAUGGUACCCUCCCCCAUCUAUUAGAUCUCUUCAACCCCUUUCUGUUUCUCUCCCCGCCAUUCCCUCCUCCCUCUUUCAGAUUCUGCUAACCUGGGUGGUAUUUGUAUAUCUGAGUUAUCUUCUGGGGCCCCUGACUCAAGUCAUCUAAAACGUGCCUGGCUCUCUUUCUUCUGCAUCCUCCCCCACAACGUCCCCCGUCCCCCAUUCCCCUUACCUUCCCAAUCCCUGCCUUAGAGCUGCAGGCCCGUCAAGUUGAGCCCUGCAGGUGAGCAGACCCAUUCUGACCUGACCCAGGCCAGCAUUGCCUUAGCCACACGUUGUGGCAUCCUUGUAUAUUGUAUGUAUAAAUCACAAAGUUGAAUUCUGACUAUUUUUAAGACAAAAGUCUGUUAAACUUUUUUAUUGUAAAGAAUAUUUAUUAUGUGAAUCUCUAUUAUUUUAUGAUAUUUAUUGCAAAGGACUGUCAAAAUGUACUCAUGUCUGAAUAUAACAAAAAUAGCAGUACCUAACGAAAAAUAAGGGUGACACAAAGAAAGUACCUAUGUUAACUAUAAUGCAGAAAAUAUAUUAAUUAAUGAAAGGGUCU